AUGCCUACGCGACAACCCAGCAAGUAUGGCAACAAGUUCCGGUCCAGUUCUGCGAGCUUCAAGCCCAAACGUACAAAGACAGUCGAAUUUUCGUCGUUAAGGUCGACCGAAGCUACGUCCCAAGAUGAGAAAUUCGAGGCGGUUCGACUGGCGAACAGCAUCGACGAAGCCUUGGGUUUCCCGCGCUUCGAAUCCGGCGAGAAGAGGGUCGGCUGGCUCAUCAAUAUGCAUAGCACCUCGAUAGAAGAUCCGAAUGUUCCUGGAGGACGUGCUGGGGUGGAUUACUAUUUUUUGGAGGAUGGAGGUGGUAGCUUCAAGGCGACGGUGGAGUACGAUCCGUACUUUCUCCUCGCUGUGAAGAAAGGUCAUGAAGCGGAAGUCGAAGAAUGGUGCCGGAGGAUGUUCGAGGGACUGAUCAAGAAGAUAAAAAGGAUAAAGAAGGAGGAUCUCCAGUUGCCGAACCAUUUACUCGGGCAUCGUCGAACGUUCCUUCAGCUCAACUUUGCAAAUGUGAGCCAUCUACUGGACGUUCGUAAGACGCUGCUUCCACUGGCAGAGAAGAACAAGAAAAAUGUGAAUGUAAUGGAUACUUAUGCAGAGAUUUCCAGCGCAAAUGCCGGAUUCGAUCUCUUUGAUGAUGAACUGAUUAACGAGUCACGACCUAACGGCAAUAUGAAUGCGAGUGAUUAUAUUAUUGAUAUUCGAGAAUAUGAUGUUCCCUACCAUGUUCGGGUGGCAAUCGACAAAGAUAUCCGAAUUGGAAAAUGGUACACCGUUGAAGCGAAGCACGGUGUUAUCUCCUUGACCUGCCUAGAAGAACGACUUCAGCGUGCUGAUCCAGUGAUUCUCGCCUUCGAUAUCGAAACGACAAAAUUACCGCUGAAGUUCCCCGAUUCUGUGAUCGACCAGAUAAUGAUGAUUUCCUACAUGAUUGAUGGCCAAGGAUUUCUGAUAACGAAUCGAGAGAUAGUGUCCGAAGAUAUUAACGAUUUUGAGUAUACACCCAAGCCCGAGUACAGCGGGCCAUUUAUGAUUUUCAACGAGCCUAAUGAGCGAAGCGUCAUCGAGCGCUUUUUCGAGCACAUCAAAGAAGCAAAGCCGACGGUCAUUGCCACAUACAACGGUGACUUUUUCGAUUGGCCAUUCGUCGAAGCUAGAGCGAGCGUGCUUGGAAUUGACAUGUACAAGGAGAUCGGCUUUCGCAAAAACAGCGAGGAUAUCUACCAAAGCGACCACUGUGUGCAUAUGGAUUGCUUUGCCUGGGUGAACCGUGACAGUUACCUUCCUCAAGGAAGCCGUGGUUUGAAAGCUGUCACUGUUGCGAAGCUUGGUUACGACCCUGACGAGCUUGAUCCAGAGCUGAUGACUCCUUAUGCAAGCGAACGCCCCCAAACUUUGGCUGAAUACUCAGUUUCAGAUGCCGUGGCGACAUAUUAUCUGUAUAUGAAAUACGUGCACCCGUUCAUCUUCUCGCUUUGUACAAUCAUUCCACUCAACCCUGAUGACACGCUGCGGAAAGGAACCGGAACACUCUGUGAAAUGCUGCUAAUGGUGCAAGCAUACAAGGGCGAAAUUGUACUUCCAAACAAGCACAAAGAUCCCCCGGAGUCGUUCUACGAGGGCCAUCUUCUGGAAUCAGAGACCUAUGUCGGUGGUCACGUCGAAAGUAUCGAAGCAGGUGUAUUUCGAAGCGAUAUCCCUGUCACAUUCAAUAUCGAUACCACUGCUAUUGACGAACUACUCCGAGAUCUCGAUGCGGCAUUGAAAUUUAGUAUUGAGGUCGAAGAGAAGAAAUCCAUGGACGAUGUGGUAAAUUAUGAGGAAGUCAAGGCACAGAUCGCAGAACGCUUGGUCAAUCUCAGGGAGAAGCCACACAGGGACGAGGUCCCUUCCAUUUACCACUUGGACGUUGCUUCCAUGUAUCCCAAUAUCAUGAUCACCAACCGAUUGCAACCGGACUCCAUGAUCCAGGAAUCUGAUUGCGCUGCUUGCGACUUCAACAGGCCUGGGAAGACGUGUGACCGGAGAUUACCGUGGGCUUGGCGUGGUGAGUUCCUACCAGCCAAGCGGGACGAAUACAACAUGAUCAGACAAGCUGUUGCAAAUGAGCGGUUCCCUGGGCGAACUAAGAACAGCCCGAUGAGGUCCUUUGGCGAGAUGAGCGUCGAGGAACAAGCUGCCAUUAUCAAGAAGCGCCUUCAAGAUUAUAGCAAAAAGAUUUAUCACAAGAUUCAUGAUAGCAAAACCAUUGUGCGCGAGGCAAUCAUCUGCCAACGUGAGAAUCCUUUCUAUGUGGACACUGUUCGCAGCUUUCGUGAUCGACGGUACGAUUUCAAAGGAAAGCAGAAAGUCUGGAAAGGGAAGACUGAAGCCCUCAAAGCAGCAGGUGCUUCUGCUGCGGAGGUUGAAGAAGCAAAGAAGAUGAUUGUGCUGUUCGACUCAUUACAACUUGCCCACAAAGUCAUCUUGAACAGUUUUUAUGGUUAUGUCAUGAGAAAGGGAUCUCGGUGGUACUCGAUGGAAAUGGCCGGUGUGACGUGUCUUACUGGCGCUCAUAUUAUCCAAAUGGCAAGAGAGCUCGUUGAACGUAUCGGCCGGCCACUGGAACUCGACACCGACGGUAUUUGGUGUAUGCUCCCAGGAAGUUUUCCCGAGGAUUUCUCGUUCACUCUGAAGAACGGCAAGAAGCUUGGUAUAUCAUAUCCCUGCGUCAUGCUAAAUCACCUCGUGCAUGGCAAAUACACCAAUCACCAGUACCAGACACUUGUCGACCCGAAGACGUUCCGAUAUGAAACGCAUAGCGACAACUCUAUCUUCUUUGAAGUCGAUGGCCCUUACAAAGCGAUGAUCCUCCCCACGUCGAAAGAAGAAGAUAAGAACUUGAAGAAGCGCUAUGCUGUUUUCAAUCAUGAUGGAUCCUUGGCUGAAUUGAAGGGCUUCGAAGUCAAGCGAAGGGGAGAGCUGAAGUUGAUUAAGAUAUUUCAGACUCAAAUCUUCCGCUUCUUUUUGGAAGGAUCCACCCUGGAAGAAACAUAUGCUGCUGUCGCUCGAGUCGCUGAUAGAUGGCUAGAUGUCCUCUAUGAACAUGGCGCAACACUGGCUGAUGAGGAGCUUAUUGAACUCAUUUCUGAAAAUAGGAGCAUGACAAAGACUCUGGAAGAAUAUGGGAAUCAGAAGUCAACAUCCAUCACGACGGCACGGCGGUUAGCAGAAUUCCUGGGAGAGCAGAUGGUGAAGGACAAGGGUCUCAACUGCAAGUACAUCAUCUCUGCGAAGCCAAGGAACACACCUGUCACCGAGCGAGCCAUUCCAGUGACGAUAUUCUCAGCGGAAGAGCCAGUCAAACGAUUCUUUUUGAGGAAAUGGUUGAAAGACGAUCCCGGAGAUAUGGAUCCUCGAAGCGUCAUCGAUUGGGACUAUUACCUCGAGCGAUUGGGCUCCGUUGUACAGAAACUGAUCACCAUUCCCGCUGCUCUUCAGAAAGUCCGCAAUCCAGUCCCCCGAGUAGCCCACCCUGACUGGCUCCAACGGCGGAUCAAUAUGAAGGAGGACAAGUUCAAGCAGACAAAGAUGACCGAUAUGUUUGGGAAGACAGAAAAGAACCCACUUUCCGACAUCUCAACAAACAUCCUGGAUCAUCGUGUCCAGCAUCACGGCGACAUUGGGGAAGCUGUUGCGAAUUCGACGCAGAAACUGAAGUCGUCACCGAACGGCAAGAUCUCACAGAAAAGAAAACACCCUGAGGGUCUGACAAAGACCUUGCUUGAUCCUUUUGCCAGCCUUCCAGCCAAAAUGCCUUCGUUGAACGACGACUACGUUGAAUUCUUGAAGUAUCAGAAGCAAAAAUGGAAAAUUCAGAAGCAAGCUCGAGCUCGCCGUCGCCAGCUCUUCGGAGAACGCGUAAACGUGGCAACUGAUUCUUUAAGCAAUCUCUUCAGGAAUCAAGCAGAGCUGCUGUACAUUAAUACGUGGCAAGUUCUUCAGCUCUGUGAAACAGGUAGACCUGGCAUUGUCCGGGCAUUCGUCUUGAUUGACCGGAAAGUCCAUGCCCUUACAGUCAAGGUUCCCAGACAGAUCUACGUCAAUCUGAAACGGGACUCUCUGCCAGAUGUUGAUGUUCCAGACUGUGAGGUGGAAAAGGUCAAUCACACUUUGCCCAACGGACAUCCUUCGGUUCAUCUAUUCAAAUUGACAUUGUCCGAAGACACAUACCUGCGAGAAACAGACAAAAUAGACGCUCUUCUCCAACACCCCAGCAUCGAAGGAGUCUACGAGAAAAACAUCCCUCUGAGUGUCCGCGCUGUUUUAAAGCUGGGCAGUGUAUGCACCUUCGAUGAAGAACAACGCGGAGUUCUUGGUGAGGGAUUAGAUCGAGGAUUCAAUCUCUCGACGUUAUGCCAUACAACUCCUGAUGAACCUUAUCUUCUGAACUCACCCUUGGUUUACCAUUACCUCUACCAUGUCCUCUCGGGUGAUAGGCAGAUAUUCGCUUUGUUUUCGACCACAAAGAGCGAAGCACACAUUGUUAUCCUCAAUCGCACGAGGGAUGUUCAAGGCCUGCCGAACGUUGACAAGAUAUACACAGAGCUUCGUGCGCGCACAAUGGAAAAUAUGGGAGGAGACCAGUCCCAGAACGCGUUCGAAUAUCAGGAGAAGAUUCAUUUCAAGACCACCCAAGUGACGACUAGGAGGAAGGCGUAUCUGGAGAUUGGAGACUUGAUCAAGAAACUCAAAGGCGAAGAAACUCAGCCCGCCAUCAUGGUCAUACAAUCCCAUCAAAGACACCGCCUGUGCCAUGAUAUUCCCAUCUUGAAAGAGUACCCGGUUCUUCCGGUAAAGCCCGAAGUGUCGGAUAUGGACCUUCCACCUUUGGGCUGGCAAUCAUUUAUUGCUAAGCGACUGGUGACGCACUACUUGUAUCUUGCUUCUUGGAUUCAACACUUGACCAUGCUGGCUAGAUAUGGUGACGUACCUCUUUGCAAUCUCGAGAAUGACGAUCCUCGGUAUCUCAUUGAUAUCUCAUAUGCAAGACGACUCCAACAAAACAAUGUUGUCCUCUGGUGGUCUAAUGGUCCAAGACCUGAUCACGCGGGUUACGAGAAAGACGAUGUUACAGGCCCCCUGGAGAGAGUUUCGAUGCCGUCAGUCAACGUGCCCAGCGCAUAUAACACUGUCUGCAUUGAAUUGGAGGUUCGUAACCUCUCAAUUAACACCAUUUUGACCUCCUCGAUCAUCAAUGAAAUGGAGGGGGCAGACACUCUUCUGGCAUCGUCAGAGCCCUCAGCGGACGCAAAUGGCUCUGGCGUUCUCUACUCGGAGAAGGCAUUUGCUUCAGCUGGCGCCGUCGUGCUCCGCGAAAUGGUGAAGCAUUGGUGGUCAGAGGCUUGUGAAGGGAAUAAUAUGGCCGAUAUUAUGGUGCAGCAUUUGAUUCGAUGGGUUGAGAGCCCGGUUUCAUGUCUCUAUGAUCGAUCAUUGCACAAUUAUGUGCGCAUGCUGUCCAGGAAAUCAUUUCAGCGGCUCAUGGCUGAGUUCAGGCGUGUCGGUUCAAAUGUCAUAUUUGCGAGCCCUACCCGUCUUUUGCUCCAGACUACGAAGACAGAGGUGGGAAACGCAUAUGCAUAUAGCCAAUAUGUCCUGAAGUCCAUCCGCGCGAAUCCGUCAUUCCAUUUUAUCGAUCUUGAGAUCAAAGAGUACUGGGAUUAUCUCGUUUGGUACGACGAAUACAAUUAUGGUGGCAAGGGAUGCCGAGAAGUAACCGGAUCGGAGGACCAGGAGCUCGAGACUGUGAUGCAUUGGCAGCUUAGUCGCUUUCUACCAGCUCCCAUGCAAACGAUUUUCCAUGAUUGGGUUGUGGAGUAUAUCGAACUCAUGCAUGUUCUCAAACGGCCCGAUUCUGAUGAUUCAUCUACACCUCGUCUUACACAGAUUCCAAUUGGGCACCAUAAUGAAGAUAAUGACGAAAUUACGUCAAUCCUGGCGGAAAAGUUCUCAAAGCCUCUCAAGAAGCAGAUCUCCGGCCUCAUUCGGCGUCAACGAGAUGAACUGCUUCAUCCGGAGCUGGCAUCCGACUACGUCUUCCCCGUCCUUCCUGGAGUCCUAGUGGAUCCCAACAACGACAAGCGCAACCCUGUUCUUGAACUCGUCAAAUUGUUGAUGCAGGUUUUGAGUCUGUCGAAGACCACAACUCUAGAGACUCGGCUGCUGCGUCGGGAGCUCUUAGCGAUGUUCGAAGUACGUGAGUUCAGCAAAGAAGGCCGGUUCGAGAAUCCAGGGGCAAGUCUGAAGCUUCCUGAGCUUUCCUGCAAUGCCUGCUGUCUGAUCCGUGAUUUGGACCUGUGCCGGGACGAAGAUGUGCUCCCAGAGAUCGGGUCAGACCCAAACAAAGCAGCGCCCAAGCCUUGGCGGUGCCCUUUCUGCCAAACAGAGUACGAUCGACUAGCACAGGAAGAGGCCCUCAUCGGCCAAGUUCAGGGAUUGAUUGUCGGUUGGCAGACACAGGACCUCAAAUGCUCCAAGUGCGGGGGUCUCAAGAUCAGCGAUUUCAUGGAACAUUGCUCAUGCAGUGGUCACUGGGUGGAAACAAUGGACCGAAAAGAGGUGGAGAAGAAGCUUCUUCUUUUGAACAGCGUAGCCAAAUUUCAUGGCUUGAAGCUCCUGGAAAGUGUUGUGCAGGGUGUCCUUGAGCAAAUGUAA